AUGGGCAAAGGGAAUGGGAAUGGGGUGAAUCGGGAAAGUGGGUAUGGGAAAAGGGUAGGGACAAGGGAUGGGAAGGAGGUGGGGGUGGGGACUAUGGGUGGGAGGUGGGAUGGGAAGGAGGUGGGACGGUGGGUGGGAGUUGGGAUAGGCGCUGUGCAAGCAAUAUUCAGAGGUGAGCGACAUGCGUACUAUUACAGACAUGUUAAGGAGAAUUUCAGUACACAAAUGAUCAAGUUAAAUAGAGGAAAAAGGAAGACAAGUGGCAACACAAGGGAGGAUGGACUGCAUUUCCUAGAUGCCAUUGCAUAUGCAAGGCUUGACACAGAGUUUGAUCAAGCAAUGGAUAACAUGAGACACUUCAAUUCCCAAUUAUUUGAAUGGCUUGUCAAUCAUGGUGAUAUUCACAAGUGGGCCUUAAGCAAGUUUCCUUUUAAACGAUGGGACAACAUAACAACAAACCUUGUGGAGUCAUUCAAUGCGUGGAUGUUGAAGGAGAGAAGAUAUAAUGUUGCCCAACUUAUACAUGAGCAUCAUGAAAAAGUAGCCAAGAAGAUGUAUGCAGCAAGCAUGGCAAUGAGCAAAUGGAAGAAUGAUGUAGGCCUAAAUACAAAUGCAACAUUGAUGGAAAAUGUGGCGAGAUCUGCACGGAUGUUAAGUGUUCCUUACGGAAGGGGGAGGGUGUGUGUCCAUACAGCAAAAGGAGCCAUUAAUGUUGAUCUUGAAAAAGGUGAGUGUAGCUGUGCAACUUGGCAAAUGUCAGGCAUCCCAUGCCCACAUGCAUGUGCAGUUAUCAAGGCCUUGAAUUGCAAUGUGUAUGAUUUUGUUGAAGAAUGCUACAAGAUUACGUCCCAACAAAAGAUUUAUGGUAGGACGAUGACUCCAGUAGUGACAAUCGACAUACCAAAUCCUAAUAACUAUCGCCUGCAAGAUAUAGCAAGUCAAGUGUUUUUGGCACCACCUUUGACUAGUCGACCGCCUGGAAGGCCUAGGAUAAAUAGGCAAGAGUCGCAGUUUCAAAACAAGAAGGUGUACCAUUGUAGCACAUGCCAGCAAGUUGGCCACACAAGAAGAACAUGCAAGAAUCCAAACCCAACUUAA